GGCUGGGGAGGUUUCCUGCUCCCUCACGAUCCAGUGACAGUUUGACUCAGACUCCAGUGAGGAGGAGGAUGUGAGGGGAGGAGGAGCAGGAGGUCUGCGGUCAGUCUGCUGCGGUUCACCCAACUUUGGUUUGGAAACUCCUCAGCGAUGCCUGUCAAACUCUGUUGCGCAUUAAUCUGGAUUCAGAUUUAGUUUUUCCUCUUUCUGGAAGCCGCAGAAGCGAGUGCGCACACGUGUACGGGUCCUUCUGGAUUCAAGUAUCGUGCUGUUUUUCUUUUGACAACAGGAAGGUUAAGUGACAGACAACAUGUCUCUGAGCAGAAGCAUUGAGUUCGAGCACUUUGAGGAGAAGCCGCAGCGGACGCCGAGGACCAACUCGGGCACCGGGUCCACGCAGCCUGGCUCCAGGGGCAACGGUGUGGUCCCCAGCCCGGCGCACAGUGCGCACUGUAGCUUCUACCGCACACGCACCCUGCAGUCACUCACAUCCGAGAAAAAAGCCAGAAAAGUCCGAUUCUACCGCAAUGGGGACAAAUAUUUCAAAGGGCUGGUAUAUGCUGUCUCCAACGACCGGUUCAGGUCCCUGGACGCGCUGCUCAUGGAGCUCACACGGUCCCUGUCGGACAACGUCAACCUCCCCCAGGGGGUCCGGACCCUGUACGUGCUGGACGGAGGCAGGAAGAUCAGCAGCCUGGAUGAGAUAGUGGAGGGGGAGAGUUAUGUGUGCGCCUCCAACGAACCCUUCCGGCGUGUAGAAUACACCAAGAACGUCAACCCCAACUGGUCGGUGGGCUGCAAAACUGGAACCUCGCGCUCCCUCUCCUCUCUCAUCCCGCUGGUGCAGCGCGAGUCCAAGGACUUCAUCAAACCAAAGCUUGUCACAGUCAUCCGCAGCGGCGUCAAACCCCGCAAGGCGGUUCGGGUACUGCUCAACAAAAAGACGGCGCACUCCUUCGAGCAGGUGCUCACUGACAUCACGGAGGCGAUCAAGUUGGACUCUGGAGCUGUGAGAAGACUGUUCACGUUGGAGGGCAAGCAGCUCACCUGCCUGCAGGACUUCUUCGGGGACGAUGACGUGUUUAUCGCGUGCGGCCCAGAGAAGCACCGUUACGCCCAGGACGACUUUGUGUUGGAUCACAGUGGUAAGGCUUCCACAGCCUUUAUGACUGAAUGCAGAGUGCUGAAGUCAUCGUGCAGCCGCUCUGCAACUCCCAACCGCACGGCUAAGAGCCCCGGACCUCCACGACGCAGCAAAUCCCCCGGAGCAGUAAGACGACCGAUCCUCUACUCUACCAGUCAGUCUCCCAUCAAAUCCCCAGUAAAUGGCGUCUCAAGCAGCCAGAUCUCCACCAAGUCCACCAAGUCCUCCACUCCGUCUCCCACCAGCCCCCGACCCAUCCCCAGUUUCAAGCAGAUCCCUCCAUCACAUCACAUCUCCACUAAUGUCAACGGCUCAAUGAACAACCACCAAGAGCAAAGCAACCAACUGAGUCCAGAGGUUAACGGCAACCGCUACCUUCCUGCCACCACCAUUUUGGAAAAAUACCAAGUUGGCAAGGUCAUUGGAGACGGCAACUUUGCUGUGGUGAAGGAGUGUGUGGAGAGGUCCAGUGGAAAAGAGUUUGCACUGAAGAUCAUCGACAAGGCCAAGUGCAGCGGAAAGGAGCACCUCAUCGAGAACGAGGUGGCCGUGCUGCGGAGGGUGAAACACCCCAACAUCAUCAUGCUGGUUGAGGAGGUGGACACUGCCUCUGAGCUGUACCUGGUCAUGGAGCUUGUCAAGGGAGGAGAUUUAUUUGAUGCCAUCACCUCCUCAACCAAAUACACAGAGCGAGACGGCAGCAUCAUGAUCUACAACCUCAUUGGAGCUCUGAAGUAUCUGCACAGCAUGAACAUCGUCCACAGAGACAUUAAGCCAGAGAACCUGCUGGUCUUUGAAUACCCAGAUGGCACCAAGUCAUUGAAGCUUGGGGACUUUGGCCUGGCCACUGUGGUGGAGGGACCCCUGUAUACCGUAUGUGGCACUCCCACGUAUGUCGCUCCAGAAAUCAUCUCAGAGUCUGGUUAUGGUCUGAAGGUCGAUAUCUGGGCUGCCGGCGUCAUCACCUACAUCCUCCUGUGUGGAUUUCCUCCGUUCAGAAGUGAGAGUAACUCACAAGAGGACCUGUUUGACCAGAUCCUCCAGGGACGAUUGGACUUUCCCAGUCCUUACUGGGACAACAUCACAGACUCAGCCAAGGAGCUGAUUGGAAAAAUGCUGCAGGUCAACGCCGAGCCUCGAUACACAGCACAAGACGUCCUCUCCCACCCAUGGGUCACGGACGAUGCAGUCAUAGAGAACAACAUGAAGAUGGAGGUGACAGGUAAACUGAAGACGCACUUUAACACCGCACCGAAGCACAACGACACCACAGCUGGUGUGUCCAUCAUCAUGAACACGGCUCUAGAUAAGGAGACCCUUCAGCUCACUGCUCGUCGCUGUCCAGGCCCCCAGUCGGUGCCGCAUUCAACUUCACCAGCUCGCAGCCAAGUCCCGUCUUUCCUUCCGAUCCAAGCGGCCUCGCAGUCAGGACCAGCUUCUCCAACCAAACAACCGUCACACGCCAAAGUACCAAAACCUGCCGAGACCACGUUGACGUCUGUGCCUGACGAUGACCCUCCCUGCUCUCAGCCUCAGAAUGAAAAUGACCUGUCACCCGCUCAGAUUCCCCUCCCCCUCUCUGCUCCGGAAAGUUCUCUCCGGUUCUCGCCCUGUGCCGAAACGUUCCCAAUGGCACCCGUUCCUUCCCCUCAUGAAUCUGCAUCCCCCUCAGACCCUCCUGCUGUUUCCUGUCCUCCCCCUUCAUCUCCUCCCAAACCAGUUUCUCUCUCUCCCUCCUCUGCCCAAAGAGUUACAGCGCCAGUCGUCCUCGCCCACAGAACAAGCUUCCCCAUCCUCCACUAAACCUGCUGUGUUCUUCCCUCUUUCUUCCCCGACCAAACAGGAACCUUCCUCCCCUGCUUCCCUCCAUCCGACCCUGUUUCCCUCUCCUCCUUCUACUCCGCCCCGAUCCACGACCCCGCCCUCUCCAUCCGACCCAGCUCCUCCCAGCCCUCCUCCUGCUGAGGAGCUGAUGGAGGUUUAAAGGUGUGGUUACACUCACUCCUCCUGUUCCCACGUAUAUGUAUGAUUAGACGUGAGAUGAGGAGAGUGAACCUCCACCUCCUCCCCGUAUCUGUAACCUGAGCCAGUGAAUGCUGCGGCCACUCCUCCUUUUCUCACUCGUUCUCUGAGACGGAGGACGUGAGGUAUUUUCCAGAGUGUGUGAAAACGAGUUGAUUGUG